GGAAAUCGGAUUUCUCCGAACAGCGGAUACGGGCGCGUAGUGAAAGCAUAUCGAGGGAGUUAGUCUACUAGAAACCGUGAAACGAGACGAAACCAUUCUCGAUAUGACCUCUCUUAAAGGUCUCGUUUUGGUGGUGUUCCUUCUUGGAACCGUCUGGGGCUACCAGAUUAAACCUAGAAAUUAUGAGAAAAUCGUCGAGCAGCAGAAAAAGUUUGAUGAACAAUUCGCUGAGGAAUUCCUGGUCGAGCAUCUCAAAUACACGGAAACUGGUGAGAAAUCAGCCAGGCUGGAGGAGAUGUUCGAGUAUCUCCGCCACAAGCCGGACAUGUUUCGUCUAGAGGUUGAAGAUCAUCCCAUCGCGUACCAAACAACGGAAUGUACCGCCUGUCGAGCGCUGGCAACCACCUACCUAAUGUACCGCCGAGUACUGAAUUGGGACCGUGAGAGGAUCGCCGCACAAGCGGCCUCCACCUGUGAUACCUUAGGGAUCUUACUGCCGGAUAGCUGUGUCAGCAUUAUUGACAAAAAUAUUGACAUUUUCCUGUACAUCAUCGACAACAAACCGAGCCUUAGUGCACAAACUUUCUGCGGAGUUAUUUUCCAAUCUGGUGCAUGCGUGUUGGAGGAUCCAGAAUUUCUUGACUGGACGAUCAACAUUGCCGCCGGGGGAACACCGAUCACCGCCCAUAAAACUGGUCCAAGCCGCAGCGCCAGCGAUUUUAAGAUUAUCCACAUGACCGAUCUGCAUUACGAUCCGAACUAUCGGCCAGGAUAUAAUGCCGUUUGUGGUGAGCCUUGCUGUUGCCGUGUGAACCAAGGAGUGCCAGCGGAUCCUGCCGAUGGCGCCGGUGAGUGGGGAGAUUAUCGGGACUGCGGUUCCCCGUGGAAAACAAUUGACAAUACUGUCUAUCAGGCCGCCAGCCAGCACCCAGACGUUUCCUACGUGUACCACACUGGAGAUAUCAUUGAUCAUGGAGUUUGGGAAACAACGAAGGAAGGGAACAUCCGAUCAAUCUCACAGGUAAACACCCUUCUCAAGAAAGUUUUCGCGGGAAAACCAGUGUACAGCGCGCUGGGUAACCACGAGAUUACCCCAACGAAUGUCUUCGCUCCAAGUCACAUUACCGUCCCGGAGUUCUCCCCGAGUUGGGUAUAUACGUUAGUAGCUGAUUUGUGGGCCGAUUGGCUGCCCUCAACAGCACGUGCAACUAUCCUCCAAGGUGGUUACUACACUGCUCUGGUUCGACCCGGUUUCCGUGUGAUAUCUAUUAACAACAACGAUGCGUACACCUUCAACUGGUGGGUUCUGUACGAUCCUGCCUAUCUGAUCAAUCAACUUCAGUGGCUGCACGAUACGCUUCUGCAAGCGGAACAAGCAGGGGAAAAGGUUCACAUUUUGGCCCAUAUCCCGGUCGGAUCUGGAUCAUCUUUUAUCACCUGGUCUCAGCAGUAUCGCCGCAUUGUGGAUCGCUUCUGGAACACCAUUGCGGCUCAUUUCCAUGGCCACACGCACGCUGAUGAAUUUAACGUUUUCUACUCAGCCGCCAAUCCGCAGUAUGCCGUCAAUGUCGCCUUCAACGCCGGAGGAGUCGUUCCGUUCAGUAACUACAAUCCGAACUACGUCGUGUACUACGUGAACCCGGUCACUUACGAAGUUACCGAUUUCGAAUCCUUCUACUUCAACCUAACGGAAGCCAAUAUGCACCCGCUAAGGAACCCCGUCUGGCAGAACCUAUACUCCUUCGCGCAGGACUUCGGCCUUUCGGACGUUUCACCGGCUUCGCUAGAUACUUUGGCACGACGCUUCGGUGCCAAUCCAACCGACCUGCACCGCUUCUGGGAGCUGAAGGUAAAACGCGGUGAUCCCUUCCUGGAGCGUGGCUGCGACAAUAGCUGCCUGCUCGGUCACCUGUGCUCCAUCGUCACUAACGAGGCCAACGACGACACCAAGUGCAACGAAAUGGUUUCGAUUUUUCGCAAAAGCGAGAAUGAACGAUGGGAUCGGGGUGCAUAAAUGAUUGGAACACGGUUUGGUCUCAUA